AUGCAACUGCUCUCAGCAUAUCUCCCCGUCUUGGUUGGGUGUCUUGUGCUGCUGGUUCUGGCAAGCAAGGUGCAGAAUUACCUUGAGGCCCAGGCCUUUGCGCAAAAGAACGGCACGCAGCCGGCGAGGAAGCUGCCGCAGUGGGAGCAAUGGGUCGGGAUCCAGAACGUGCUCGAGAUGCUGCGGGCGGCAAAGAACCACGGCAUCCUCGAGCUGGGGCUGCGGCGGUACACGGCCAUGGGCAAGACGUUCGAGACCAAGGCGCUGGGCAAGACUUUUACGCAUACGAUCGACCCGGAGAAUAUCAAGACUGUGCUUUCGACGAACUUCAAGGAUUUCGCCGUGGGUCAGAGGAUAGACACACUCGGACCGCUGCUUGGCUCGGGGAUCUUCACGACGGAUGGGGCGGCUUGGGAGCAUUCCCGGGCACUUGUGAGACCGACCUUUGCCAAGUUGCAGGUCAGCAACCUGGAUACCUACGAGGAGCAUGUAUCGCACCUGAUCAGCUUGAUCCCUUCGAAUGGGGCGACGGUGGACUUGGCGCCUCUCUUCUUCCGGCUGACGAUCGACGCGGCCACGGAGGUGCUCUUUGGGCGGAGCCUCAACACGCUGCAGAAGUCACCGGACUCGGAGGAGCACAUGUUUAUGAGGGCCUUCGACACGGCCCAGUCCAAGGCGCACUUCCGGCCGAGGAACUGGUUCAUGGCCAACUACAUCUUCCGGGAUGCGGAGUGGGAUGCGGCCCUUGUGACUGUGCACAGCUUUGUCGACAGGUACAUCUCGAAUGCCUUACAGAAGAAAUGCGCCAGUUCACGCGCGAGCACGGGGCCUACCAGCCCGGGCAGUAAGGCGGCGGCCGGAGAAGAGGACGACGACGACGACUCUUGCAUUGUGGGGCCGGACGGCAAGAAGAGGUAUGUAUUCCUGUACGAGAUGGCCAAGGAGACGUCGGACCCGAUUGAGUUGCGACACGAGCUGCUAAACGUGCUUCUGGCCGGCCGCGACACCACUGCUUCGCUUCUGUCAAACACCUUCUUCGUCCUGGCCCGGCGCCCAGAUAUUUGGGCCAAGCUCAAGGAAGAAGUCGAUGUGCUUGGCGGUGUUGCUCCAGACUACGACACUCUCCGUGGCAUGAAAUAUGUCAAGUUUCUAUUGAACGAAUCUCUUCGCCUCUACCCAGUCGUCCCCCUAAACUCCCGCAUUGCAAGCCGCAACACCGUGAUCCCCCACGGCGGCGGGCCCGACGGCCAGUCCCCCGUGAGCAUCGGCAAAGGCGAGGGCGUCUCGUACUCGGUCUACGCCAUGCACAGGAGGAAGCUGGUGCAGACAUUUGAUCGGAUUGAGUCGAGGGAUCCAAACCCGUGGACCGAGGGUCUGGGGCUGACGACUGUUAACCUGAACGGGGCCAAGGUUGCGCUCGUCAAGGAGGCAUAG